CGGGUCUGGGGAGUCUGCGGUUGGACAGGCCUGGCUCGCAUCGCAUCGCGGCCAGCAGCUAGGAGUAGAGCCAAGUUGCCACUCCCACUCCCACUCCCCUGGACCAUGUGGACCCUCUGGGUGGGGUCCGGGAGUCUGGCCAGACUUUCGAGUCCAUCCUGUCUGUAGCUUGAGGACCGAGCUGCGUUCCUGCUAAUGACCACAUGUGCUCUCGCAGGAACGUUCUGGAUAUGAUCAGUUUGUUCACUGACCCUCUAUCUGCCCCCAAUCUCAUGGUUUUGCCUUCAGCCCCUUCAGCCCCUUCGCCUUCAUUUUCCCCGUGAGUUAGGAAUAACUUGAGCUCUAGCUAGCGAGAACUUCACCACGAGGACGAAGAAGAAGAAGAGGAAGAUGGCAUGUCAGGCAAUGCCAAGUAAGCAAGAUAAGAUAGAGAUAGAGCGAAAGUUAGAGGUGUCACGAGUCAAAGGAGACCACUCUGAGCUUGAUGGGUGCUCAUGCGAGCUGUAUACAUCUAAAGUGGAGUCACUAUCAGCUGUGAUGUGAUACAGCAGGUAGUAGACCCGUAGUUUUAGGCCGUGGACCCUAGACCAACCGAGCGAGUGAAGAAUUUUCCCCGCUGAGUCAAACCCCAGGACACAUGGUGAUUUACAGUAGGUAGAUUGAGUUUCGACGCGGGACUAGAUUUGCCCCGCGAUCACCAAUGGAGCCCCAAUGUACCCGUAAGUACCGCAGCCUCACUUCUGAAGCUCCCGGAUUGAGAGGAGAGUUCUAGACAGUUAGCGAAGAAGAAAUGGUCGUGUGGAGAGGUGAAAGCUCUGAGAUGAUAGGAAGCAGAGGGGUGCAGAGAGGCAGGACAUGGGUGAAGAACUGAAAGCCGACGGUGGGAGGAACAGGAGGAAGAAGAAGCCGAAGCAGCUUCAGCAGCAAUCAACCCUAUUGCUGCUGUGCGUUUGUGUGCUGAGAAGCCUCGGAUCAGCUCAUCGUAUCAAGUGUUUGCUCCGCCCGAUGACUCGUUUCUACGGAUUUCUUCUGUCUAUCUACAUCAUGCCUCAUGCCGCGUAGGGCAGGACAAUCCUAGGUUUUCGAGAGUCUGAUGGUAUGAGCCACAUGUCUACAUCUUCAGUUGUGCUUCUGCUUCAGAACUUUGUCAGUGAUUAUAUCAGACUCCAAUUCGAGGGUGCCCUAUACGUCGCCCAUGUCUUCCCCGUUCUAGACCCUUGGAAGUAGAAAUUCGUAAUAUUUGCGCGAGGGGGGGUUCGAAGGAGCCGUUUGCCUACUCUCGUCAACCCUAUUUUGUUCUGUGUCGAAUCCCCAAGUACUACUGUACUGCCUGUACGAGGGAUCGAUUUUGAUUCGGAUUCGUGUGAUGGCCUUUCUCAUUCCUCCCACGUUGGAUGCCGUGAUCUCUGGCGCAUAGACCAAAUCCUCUUCAAGCUCGGCAAAUUCGUACAGCAGUAGUCCGACACGGCCUCAGGUGCACUGGUAGGGCAAUUCGUGUGGGAAGCUGACUGAGUUGGCCGGAGGCUGUUUCCUGUUAGUUUGCUUGUCGAAUCCGGAGGUGCAGAGAUUGCAGUCACCUGGGAGGACAUUUCCUAGGAUGGCAGCGGCAUCCUCGACGGCAGUCGAGCGCGAUCUCGUGAAUCAGUUUCACCAUUCGUUGGACAUGGCGAUGCAGAUGAAUGAGGACAGAGAUUUGGCUGCCGAUGAGCCUCUGAGCAUCAGUAUGCUUCCGGAGGCACUGAUUGGGGAGAUUCUGUCGAACUUGUCUGACGCGCGGGAUUUGGCCAAGGCUGCUCUGGUCAACUCAUCUUUCCGCAGGAGCUCGGCGUAUGUCAAGUAUGUGAGCCAUAUCUGUAGACUGAAAAACAUUCUCAAGCCCCCGGGCGAGGCGAGUGUGCAUGUCGUUCCGUUCAAGGAGACUCUGCUCAACGUUGUCAAUAACCUGAAGUGCGUGGAACGGUUGCGCUUCGAAAUCGAGGACGAUGUGCAAGCGAACAGGUUCAAGGAGGACGUGUUGGAGAAGAACAGUCUCUGGCUCAGCGAGGGUCCCUACCUUGAAAAAUGGUUACCGCGUGUGGGUGAUACACUUCAGCACCUUACACUGAUCGACUAUGGGCAGCAGGCCAUCUUCCAAACAACUCCACUUCUUCAACUCCUUUCGGUCCAUUGUAAGCAGUUGCGGCACCUCGAGCUCCGAAACAUGUUCCUGAACACCAACGACUGUGGCAAGUUCAACAAACUUGACACUUUGAAUCUCCGAUGCGUCAAACUCUUGGAGAACGGGCUCCAAGACAUCAACGAGUGCAUGCCUAAGCUCGAGACGGUGACUCUGGUCACCGUCGUGGGCCUCAAAAGAGCGGUGUUCAAAUCGGCAUGUCUGAAGGUCUUGUGUUUGGGCCUUGCCACGAAGGUCACUGCGGUCAAACUCCAUGUGCCUAUUCUUCACAAACUGCAGCUUAAGAUGGCGUGCCCUGACGAGCUCAAGGUUUUUGCUCCCGGUUUGUUGGCUCUGGCCCUUUCGAUGAACAAACGUAACGACGCUGUCAUCGAAUUCGAGGGAGUCAAUAAGCUCAAGGAGCUUCUCAUGGGGGCAUCCGAGAUCUCCACUCUAAAGAAAUUAAGUCUAGCCAAUCGAACUCUGGAAAGGGUUUUUUUGGACGUCCCUUGCCUGCAUUUUGAUGACACAGGAAAAUUCAAGGGAGUCAGAAAUCCGUCACCCACAGCGCUUCCAUUGAUGGAGGACAUCAUUACGUGUUGCGCAACUUUGCAAGUGAUGAGCGUGGGGCCUGGCCUUUGGUACGCACUGGAGCAGGAUAUGAGCAGUCGUGCAGGCAUCACGUAUCCCAAAUGGUCCUCGAUGAAACAGCUAAUUCUGCACCUGGUAGUGGAGAACGCCGAGCUGAGCUACGGGCUGUUGGCGAGGCUGGUAACCGCCAUGGUGGAUACCUUACACACGCUGGAAGUGUACGUGCACAAAGACAGCAAAGUUGGUCCGGAAUGUUUCUUGCGACUCCAUCAAGAGUUCCCUUCGGUAAAGAAGGUCAAGGUCGACAGCUGGAAGAAAGGGUUGAAAUUCGAGUGCUUCAAUUAUUAACGAGUGUGAAAUAAAAUGAAGAGUUCAGUGUGACAGCAGCACUUUGUCUCUUUGGUUCCUGCACAGAAUCGCAGGAUUUUUCCGCGACAAAACGUUGCGUUGGAGGGCCGUGUGCCACUCUUAGCUCCGCUUUUCUGGCUAGCUUUGGUCAGAUUUCCAUGCUCUGAGAUAUACAGAACUCGGGCCCGUAUCACAAGAUUGAGGAGCUUACAAAGGACAAGUUCUUCGUGUGAUGUGGAUGUCCGACAGAUAUGGCCUGCUUCCUUGAAGGACCGAGCGAAGAUAGAAGUUGUUCUGCAAGUGUCUUUCUUAGGCGAGUAUGGUAUAUGGCUGAGGCCACUACUGAUGAUGGAGGCACAGGGUCAGAUCACGCUGUUUGACCGCCGGGAGAUGAAGCGAUAUCUGUCAGGCCAGUGUCCACUGAUUGUGGUGGAUUUAGGUGAAAAGUCAUAGAAAGAGGUUUCUUCGGAAGGGUUUUUCCAUUUUGUAAAGAUGUUUCUUUGGACAAUGUCCUCAUGAAGAGCUAGAUGAAGAGAAACGUUAGACAGGGCCAAUACAAGGUGGGCGGUAGGAGUAGGAUUCUGAGUGUCUGUUUUUCACAGUUUCCUUUGUAUAUGGUUGCUCGUGAUGGUGGCCUUGAUGAUGAGGUACAGAAACGAACCCAAAAAAAAUUUGUAGCGUGCUCUGGUGAUUCAAUGAUAUUUCAUCAGUGCAAGUAUUUCCAUUUAGAACAAGGAUCGGACCGUCCUUCUGUAUUGGAGAGCUGCUUAAAGAGCACCAGAAAAGCUAUAAACCGCACAGCACAAUGCACGAGUUUGUUCGUCCA